ACAUAUGUAUACACUAAAUUCCUUUCUUUACUCAUUCUUAUUGAUUCAAUCUUCUGUUGUAUUUGCGUGUGAAACCUUACGACUCGCUAUAAUAAAAUUUGCUAUUUAGAACAUCAUCAAUUAUUUUAGAAAGGACCUAGUAUAAGCUUAUUAAGUUUGUAGUAACAAAAAUUAAUGUUUACAUUUUUAAGGAGUGAUAAAAAAUAUUGAAGUUAUAUUAAAAAAUAUAAAAAUGUGGUCGUUUCAUAGUGAAUGUACCAGUGAAGUACGUCUUGUAGGCAAAACAGUAGUUAUAACAGGAGCGAAUACUGGAAUCGGCAAGGAAACUGCCAGAGAUCUCUACAGAAGAGGUGCAAGAAUAAUUUUGGCUUGUCGAAAUAUACAAAAAGCCAACGAUGCCCUUAAAGAUAUUAAAACAAAUUUCCCCUCGAAAAAAGAUAGAAAACAAUUUCAAGGUAAUCCAGGUGACCUUGUAAUUUAUCGAUUGGAUCUCUCUAGCCUGAAGAGCGUGAAAGAAUGUGCUAAAAAUUUAUUAACAAAUGAAUCGGCUAUUCAUCUGUUAAUAAAUAACGCCGGCGUGAUGAUGUGUCCACAAGAAACAACUGAAGAUGGAUUCGAAUUGCAGCUACAAACAAACUAUAUCGGUCACUUUCUUUUGACGCUUCUGCUGCUGCCAAAAAUGCAGUCUUCUGGACCUGGUUGUAGAAUAUUAAAUGUAUCAUCAUUAAUUCACAAUUAUGGUGCUAUACAUGAUGACUUAAAUUUGAAGAAAUCAUACACUCCUUUCAAGGCCUAUGCGCAAAGUAAACUGGCGAAUAUAUUAUUCACGAAAGAACUUGCACGUCGGCUAAAAGGAGCAAACAUUAAUGGAAUAAAUGUAUAUUCUUUGCACCCUGGCGUUAUAACGACAGAAUUAGGUCGUCAUUUCAGUACAACAAUAUUUCCAGGUGCAAGUACUUUUUUUCGACUGCUGAUGCAACCAGUUUUUAAAAAUUCUGAACAGGGUGCACAAACGACGAUAUAUUGUUCGGUAGAUGAAAAAGCAGCAGAUGAGACGGGUCUCUAUUACAAAGAAUGCAGAGUUGCGAUUCCACAAUGGCGAGCGCAGAACGAUCAAAUUGCCAAAGACUUAUGGAACCAAACCUGUCGACUUCUACAUUUGGAAUGUGAUGAAAAUUUUGCCAAAUUUUUGAAAACUGUUUCCUGUCAAAUUACUGAAUGAUAUAUACAUGCUGAAUUAAUGAUAAAUUUUUAAUCCAACUAACGAGCUGUAAAUUAUAUAAACUUUGUAAUUUCGUAUACAUUAGAUCUGUUUGUUUUGGUUACACUAACUACUCGAUAUUGGAAGAAAAAAGAUAAUCUCUGAACUAGUGUAGCCAGUGUAGCCAAAACGAACAGAGUUAUUAUAAACAAUAACGCAAAAGGAAAAGCAUAUUUACUAUAAUUAAUAAAUUAAUUUGUUAUAAUAUAAUUAAUCUUUUAUAAUUCUAUUUUUGAGAAUUGCUUUUGAUUAUUUACUGUAGCUUAUUAAAAAACAAAAUUAAAAAAAAAUAUAAUUAAAUAGAAUAA